AACUCCUUGUCGCCAAGGUGAUCCAAGUGUCAGACUAACGUCGGCUCUUCCUCGCCCGCUCGGGACUCCCCGCAUGUCUCUGGCCCGCAGGAGUGGAGCGUCCAAUUCUGCUGCCUGCCAAUCGGUUGCAAAAAUAGAACUUCAUCUCCCUAAACGAUCGAUAUGUUCCACUCUGGUCAAAAUGCAUUCAGGAACGAAGUUACUAUAUAGGGCGAAAAAAGAACAAUCGAUCUCAAGACGGAAACUCUGACCGAUGAUUACGCUCUAAUUGAUCGCUGGCCCGGGCAAAUGCGAUAGCUAUCAUGCUCGAUUUUGGUAAACAAAGGCCGAUCGAGUAUGUGCAAUGGUGGACUGCGGCAGUGUUCUUUGUGCAGAAAGUCCCGGACGCCACCCAAUGAUAGCAUUUCAAGUCUUGCAUCGCCAACAACGACUGCUCUAGCUUGGUCUUUAGCAGCGAGUGGGUCGACAUGCCCGAGCUUUAGUGCCGUCCAUGCAAUCUUGGAAAGAGUCGACUCCGCCCCAAUGCUAGCUACUAUAACAACGACAUCCCAGAUGCUGUUGCCUUAACGCCCAGCAUGCAAACCUUUGCUUCUGAAAUUUCUCAGUUGCGCAAAUGCUGAUUCAUCUGCUUGCCAUUGUUGCCGGGCUGUGGCAGUUGGUCAUGGCGGACUCCAACAACUGCUCAAGCAGUGUCACCAUCUCCAGUCAAAGCGAUGCCAACAGCCUGGCCAACUGUGACAGUAUCGAUGGUAGCGUCACCAUUGCAUCCUCUGCUAGUGGGACGCUCACGUUCAACAAUGUCGAGGAGAUUAAGGGAUCCUUCACCGCAGAAGGGGCUGCCGGACUAACCGGUCUGAUCAUGCCUGAUCUUGAUACAAUCAAGGGUGCCUUAACACUGGACAAUCUGAGCACAUUGACCACGUUGACAAUGAGCGCCUUGUCCGACGUUGCCUCUGGGAUCACUAUUACGGGCAAUUCAAAACUAAAGACCCUCAGCGUGGCCGAUCUAGAAAAGGUUGAGGGUCAACUAAAACUGACGGGGUCUUUCACAAGCGUGUCACUACCUUCACUUGAAGAGGUGACUGGGGAAACAACCAUUCGAGGCUCAAAAUCCAUGUCCUGCAGUGCCCUGAACACCCUACAGUCUGAAGGUGUAUACCGUGGGAGUUACUCAUGUGUAGCCUCCGGCUCGAGCGGUUCCUCCCUCGGCCCUGCUGCUAAAGGCGGCAUUGCCGUCGGCGUCAUCUUGGGAGUACUGCUGAUACUCUGUGCCAUAUGGUUCUUCCUACGGGGGCGACGGAGUCGAAAAGAUCGUAACGUUCCGCCAAUGGCUUCACUCUCGCCCACAGUGGUAAAUAUCGAUGAAAAGCUACCCAAUUCUCACAAUAGUUUGUCGCCAUUGCCGAGUUUAAAGCCUCUCGUCCCGCGGAAGCGUGUUGGCCCUCCUGCCGCGCAGCUAGAUGGCCGGUCAAUCUACGAAGUGCCGACUACCUCCACUCCCAUUUGUGAAUAUCACGAAUUAGAUGCGGGUCCAGUGCUCAGCUCACAUCAAAGACCAAUACACUCGGAGGCUUGAGAUAGAGAGGCCUUGGAGCCAUCCUCCAUUCAACGUACCAGA